GCCACUGUUGAGGUUUUUAGUUCUCAUGUGAUGUGAUCUCUCAGGUUUCCUGGCCCAUCUUGGGUCUGUUCUCAUCGAGUUGCGCGAUAGGAAGUAUAAGUUACCACCAUAUUUGAUUUUCAUUUUAAGAGGUUUUAAGAAAGGUGAAAAGGCUAUUUUGAAGAGAGCAGAAUCUUUCUUCUCAAAAUGACUACAGAGAUCACUUAUGCUGAAGUGAAGUUCAAAAAUGAAUCCAACUCUUCAGGCCCUACAUCAGAGCUUCCAGACCACAUAUCCAAGUUUCCUGAAGCUCCUCCCACAAAGAUGACCAGACCUCUCAAUAGUAACCCUAUCAAUAGUAACCCCGGUAUUAUCAAGCUGCUUGUUGCCGCUUUGCUGAUAUUUAUAUUAUUGGCGAUCUCAUUUUUGAUUGCCUUAAUUGUUGUCUCUCAAGAGCAUUUUAGAGCAUCUUCUGAGCUUGAAGAGAUUUCAAGAAAAAUUAAGGAAGAAUCUAAUAGAGGGAGUCACAGGAACUGCAGCUGCUGCCCAAAGCACUGGAAGGCAUUUGGUUCAAGCUGCUACUUCAUUUCUGUUGAAGAGAAAACUUGGCCUGAGAGUGAGAAGAACUGCUCCGCGAUGCAGGCUCACCUGUUGGUGGUCACCACCAAGGAGGAGCAGAAUUUCAUCAUCCAGAGCUUGGAUACAAAAUCUGAAUAUUACAUUGGGCUACAUGAUAGGACAUCAAAUACAUAUGGGAGAAGACACUGGAAUUGGGUUGAUCAGACACCAUACAAUGAAAGUGCCACGUUCUGGGACUCAGGUGAACCCAAUACUGACAAUGAGCGCUGUGUUGUGCUACAUUUUCAUACAAAAACAAAUAAAUGGGGCUGGAAUGAUGUGAUUUGUGAUCAACGUCACAAGUCAAUUUGCAAGAUGACAAAGAUCUACUUCUCAGCGUAACAGUCUCCAUGAGCAUGUGGUUGAACUGGCACCCACUGCACAGAGA